GAUGUUUUCGAAUGGGGUCGUCGUGACUGGCGGCACAUUCAUUCAAGAGAACCGGACGGAUGUCGGGUAUCGCGGAGGGCUCUCGUCUUUGAAGGAGGCGGUCGCCUCCAGCGCAUUCCACGACUCGGGAGAAAGGUUCGACCCGCCAAAAUGCCAUCCCAACACGCGGGUCGCCGUCAUCCAACAUAUCAUGGACUGGAUCACUGGGAAGAUCGACGCGGACACCCUCAUUCUCUGGCUGUACGGUCCAGCAGGAGCAGGAAAGUCGGCUAUCGCGCAGACGAUUGCGGAGCUCUGUCACAAAGAAGGAUUACUCCUAGCGACCUUCUUCUUUUCAAGAACUGAUCCGACCCGCAACAACGUCCAGCGACUAGUUGCGACUCUCGUGUACAAAGUCAUUCUAUCGAUUCCUGCAACCCGGCCCCUUGUCGAACAGAUCCUCGAGGGCGAUCCCUUGAUCUUCAAGACCUCGCUCGAGACGCAGUUCAAGAAGCUGAUUAUCGAGCCUCUCGUCCAUCUCUUUCAAACCGGCGUCUUCCAGCAAAUUCGUUUUCCUCCCCUCGUCAUCCUCGACGGCCUUGAUGAGUGCAUCGACCGUGAUUCCGAACGCAUCCUCCUCGAAGCACUUCCACGCUCGAGUCGACAGCACCAACUUCCUUUGAAGUUCCUCAUCGCCAGUCGCCCUGAGCAGAUACUCAAUGCUACCUUCAAGUCAUCUGCUUUGAAGCCUUUGACAUAUCGCCUCCCUCUCAACAAUGACUACAACCCCGAUGACGAUAUCCGCACGUUCCUUCUCAGCAAGUUUGAAGAAACCAGGAGUACUCACCCGGUCGGAUCCUCCAUUCCCUCGUCGUGGCCGUCCGAUGAAGAUGUUGAUAGAUUGGUCUCGAAGUCGUCCGGGCAGUUCAUCUAUGCGUCAAUUGUAGCCCGCUUCACCUCGUCCCUUCGCCAGGACCCUCGCGAUCGCUUGCGCAUCGUGCUCGGCCUAAAGCCACCACGUCGCGAUCUACCCUUCAUGGAGUUAGACGCGCUCUAUACGCAAAUUUUAUCGUCCGUUGAGGACAUUGACACCGUCCUCAAAAUUAUCGGCGUGUCGAUUGCGUUAUCGGAACAUACUGGGAUCAUUGCAGAGCCCCACGCCAUACCACGGAUCGAGAAAGUCCUCGAUCUCGAAGAUGGGGCUUCAAUAGAGUUGCCGCUGGGCGAUCUCAGCUCCCUUGUCGAGUACGAUACUUCCCAAUGUCGCAUCAAGUUCCACCAUGCGUCCUUUACGGAUUUCCUUCUGGAUAAACAGCGAUCUCGAAAUCUGCAUAUUGACACCCCUUUGGUGUAUUCAGAUAUCGUGCGUUGGGCUCUUCGGGUGCACGACGAUCCAGAUAUCAACGUCGUCGAAGUUCACCACAUAUCUGUCCACUUCGAGACCUACUGCCAACAAGCAGCGCCAACAAUUGAACUGCGGCAGGAUCUUUGGGAUCUUUCCUUACCUGAUUGGACGUCAUCUAUGGCCACUUCAGACAAGACAUUACAUUCCAUGUCGACGACGUUCGGAAUCAGCCCACCAACAGGGCCUUUUUCUUUCGCGUAUCUAUUCCUAGCUGGAGCGGGACAAAUGGCAUUUGCAGAUGCUCGAGCACUUCAUGUCCACCACCAUGACCUGUUAAAUCAGUACAUGACUGGCCUCACUCAGGAUCAUAUUCUUCCCAAUGCCCUUGCAUUACUCCUCCUUUUGGGAGUUGGCCGUUUGUCCCUAUCAUCCGAAUGGCUGCGCACCGGUCAGCCUCGACGGUAUAUACAAUCACAUUUUGAGAGGUUCAUAUAUGGGCCAAUGUGCGUAGGGGAAUCCGACACUUUUCAAAAAGCUAUUACCAGCAUUUUCCAACUUUCCGGCGCGGACCUCCUCUGGGAAGAGAAUACAAUCAAUUUACUCAAAUUCAAGUGUUCGGAAAUGUGGGAUAUCGAUAUGGACGUCUUUGAGGUGCACCGGUUUCCUGCCGGAUACGAGGACUUCCUCCUGGACUUCUUCUCGGACCCCAGACGGCCAGAAGGGCUCCGUCUGAGUAGCGAACGCUACAGCGCUCUGGCGCUGACUUGCAUGAAGUAUCUAUGCCGCCCCUCUCGCCGGAGUGCAGAUCCGCGUUGUCGCCCUUUCACUGAAUGGGCACGAAAGUCGCGAAACGCGCCGUGGGUCUGGCGUAGACUACGACAAAAUCCUCGUCUUCUUCCCUGGGUCGGAAAGCAAUGGCGCUAUUGGCGCCGCUUCGGCGUCCGCAAGUCUGCGAUUUGGUGGGACGGUCUAGAGGUAUGGGACACUGGCGAGCGACUGCUGAACGAACUCGAUGACUCGAGGUGGUCGGACGCCCGGGAAUUCCGUGCGAUAGCCGCAGACGAGCGGUCGCUGCCCCUCCGCACGUUUGCCCUCGCUCUGCAUUUGCUACCGCAGAUUCUCGAGCAGGCAUCUCAGUCGGAGGUGCUUGUUGACGCGGUGUCAAGAGGCGUGUUCCACCCGACAAACGUCUUUUUCUUUCAUCGGACUAGACGGGCGAAGGAAGCGAUUAGGAAGUACCUCGACCGUUCUGGCAUUAGCGUGGAUAUGUG